AAAGACAGAGCCACACAGGGCCCUGGAAGCACCUGAAGACUAUUUUUGGCAGAUUCUAAUUCAAUUUUUUCUUCUCAACUGCACUCAGUGAAGACUCUUCAGGUUCUGUGUUCAUCAUGGUGUCCUACACGACAGCACCGGGGGACGUGGAGCGGGGCCUGGGCGAGAAGAUGGUGGUUGUGGUGGAAAAGAAGCCCCCCGUGGGGCGGCUAUGGAAGACGUCUGUGGCCCUCCUGGUCGCGGCCCUCUGCCUGGGGGGCAUCCUGCUGCUUGCUUGGUACUGGAGCGGAAAGCCGGGUUUAAUGAACCAACCGGAACAAACAGAAAAGUUGAUGUCCCCAGAUCACCACUCCACGUUGAGGCAAAUCAGCAGCAAAGCCAAGGCAGCCAUCCAUUUAGAAGGCAACUGCGAAGACUGCGAGAGCCCUCAAGGCCGGCUGGAGUGGAAAAGCAGCCAAGGCCAGGGCUUCGCUCGGGGCGGCCUCCGGCUGGAGGAGAACCAGAUCGUCAUCCCGCAAAACGGCCUCUACUUCGUCUACAGCCAGUCGUCGUUCCAGGUGACCUGCGAGGACGGGAAGGGCCACACGCCGCUCAGCCACCGCGUCUGGCGCCUGGCCGACUCCGUGGGCAGGAGGGCCUCGCUGCUGAACGCCGCCAGGUCGGCGUGCCAGACGGCGCCGGCGGCGGCGGCGCCGCAGGAGGACGGCCGCCCCAAGGGGCAGGGCUGGUACAACGCCAUCUACCUGGGCGCCGUGUUUCAGCUGAACAGGGGGGACCGGCUGUGGACGGAGACCAACCAGCUGUCGGAGCUGGAGACCGAGGACGGGAAGACUUUCUUCGGAGUGUUCGCGCUUUGAAGGGACUCUUUGGGGUGGCGGGGGCCACAUGUAUUUGUCUGUGUUUUUAUAUGAUGUAGGUUUUUUAUUAUCAGUAGUACUCAUCUCAUGGUGAUGUGGAAAGGUUUAAAUCUCAAUGGAGAUGAAGCUUGUAGCCAAACAGGCGGCGCACAUUUAAGAAAUCCUAUAAACUGUAACAGUUUGUAACAUUUGCUUUUAUUUUUGGCACUUUUUGUACAUUAUUUAUGACCUGAGAUUGUAAUACUUUGCUGUAUCAGAUACAGACGGGGCUAUUUUAAUGAAGAGAUUAGGUGCAAGGACUGUAUUAUCUCAACCUGUAAGUAUUUAUUUGUAUUUAUUUAUAUUUGAAUUGUUGGAACGCGGUACUAAAAAUCAUAUUUAUAUGUUUUAUAUGCACAUGGAUUUAAUUAA